AUGACACAUUUUUGUUUUCUGUUUUUAGAUAGCGAUAACGAGAUCGGAGAAAUACAGGAUUUCCACGCCGGAGAAUCCACCGGAGACCAGUCACUUGCUAGAUCGGAGGCUGUUAAAUCCUCAGGAGAAGGACAGAGAAGCAGAAGGAAAGAUCCAGCGGAGAGAGAGAGCACUAGGCUAAAAAGGUUGCUUAGGAACAGAGUGUCUGCACAACAAGCGAGGGAGAGGAAGAAAGUUUACGUGAACGAGUUAGAGAAGAGAACGAAAGAUUUGGAGGCGAAGAACACUGAGCUUGAAGAGAAGCUCUCCAAUUUACAGAAAGAGAAUCACAUGCUUAGACAUAGCACCGGUUCAAGCAGUGGCACUACUUCUACUCCAGUGAAUAUGGUUGCUCCCGGUUCUGGUGGUUCUGCUAAUAUCUCUAGAGAUGCCUUUGAGGCCAACACUAAGGCCUAUUUUGACAAUCUCCAUGCCAAUGAGAAGGCAAAUAAGUGA